GUUUUCCUCCCUUUAAGUUGCUUUGCUGGAGAAACAUGGAUCCACGCUGAUUGGCAGCUGCGGACCAGCGGCCGACCUGCCCUAUUUUACCCCGCGGACUCACCGGAGAACCACCCCGGGGUGCUAUAUGAGCUCUGAGUCACUGGAAUAAAGUGGGCAAGUGCCGAAGUCGCGCAACAAAGACGAGACGAUGAGAGAGAGAGGCCCCGGCAGAGGAGGAAAAUAGAGCUAAUAGAAAGGAGGUGGAAGAAGGAAAAAAAAACAAGAGAGGAACGCCAAAGAGAAUCUCUGGGAUAAAUAAAUAAAAAUAAUUGUUUAGAGAAAAAGCAAGCUAGAUGAAAACAUGAAGCCGAUAAAGAAGCAGGGCCGGCGCUCUCCCCCCUCCACCCGGGCCAAGGGGGGGAAGCGUCGGGGAGCCGGGGACGCCCCCGAAGGAGGGGAGAAGAGAGACUCAGAUGAGAACAGAGACAGAAGCAGAUCCCCGCAAAGCAGAACACCCUCCUCCUCGUUUUCUUCUAAUUCACUUUUUGAGUCGUCCCAGACGGACCCGACCAGAGCACGGGGCGAGGGAGAGGGCGUCCACCGGCUGUCGGAAACGACAGUAGCACUCGUGAUGGAUUCUGGGAAAUUUGUGACAUCCUCGGAUGACAGAUCAGGGAGGCCAGCUGUGAGCGUGAGCUGCCACGGUGACAGCGGUGGUGGCAGUAGUUGUAGUAACAGUAGUACGCCGAGCACCAACAACAGCCCAAACCCCGCCUCCAGCCGCAAAACGGCCACCUUCAAGUCCCGCGUUCCCAAGAAGAAGUACACCUCCGAACACUGCUUGUCUGCUACUGGUAACCACAGCAACGCUUCCUCCAGCACGCCCCCGCAUCUUCCUCUUAGUGGUGGGGUCAUCAACCACGGGUCAACGGGUUCGGGUAAAGACAUCGGUGUCCCUCACCCCGAUGGCAACGGUCAAAGCACGAGCCUGAUUAACGACUUCCACAGCAGGACCGCUGGCCGGGAGGGGCCUCAGGACGGCUCCCCAGGACCCCCGACGCUGACGCUGGCAGGGGACAGGGAAAGGCCCGGGGGAGUGGAAGGGGCGAGAGAUGUGGAGCGAACGUCGCCCGUCCUCUUACCCCGCUGCUCCUCAACGGACACCGCCAGCGAGCACUCGGCCGACCUGGAGGGCGUCGGCGACCCGCGCGCCCUCACACAGAUGUCUACGCACGCGCUGCCCGGUCUCCCCGAUGCUGACGCCCUCGCCAAAGGAAUGAAGAAUCAGCGCGUCCUCGCCCGACAGCGCCGGAGAAAAAGUGACGAGGUGGGAGGAGGCGAGAGGAGGGACGAAGGGGGGAUUUCAGACUUGGUGUUCCGGGCGGGCGUGGUGCGUAAGGUCAGCGGUGAAUUUGGAAGCCUGGAGGUUCAGCUGAAUGGUGAGAAGACGCUGUGCCGUUAUCCGUACCAACACGACAGCCCCCCAGGGGUGGUGGACAUUAUCUUAGACGCCCCACCGCCUGGUGUCCAUCCAAUAGCUAUUGGCACCCGUGUCUGCGUGCCGUUUGGAAAUGAGGAGGGCAGCGAGGGCCAGUGGCAGUGGUACCGAGAAGGUGUGGUGACCCAGGUGGACACGCACCCUGCGGUGGCCAACCGCUACCGCGUCCUGCUGUCUGAGGAAAGACCUGAUUCCGUGGGCGAGGAAGAGGACGGCAGAGGGACAGCUGGUGGGACCCAGGCAGUGUGGGUCUCCAGACAGACACUCCGGCUUCUGGUGCCGCCUUGGGACCUGGAUCUGCCGUCUGGAGGGGGGCGGGACGGAGAGGAGGGAUUCAGUGACAAGGAACUGGAACGGGACGACAGGGAGGAGAUCGAUGUGGAGCAGGAGGUGUGUCGUUUGAGCCGGGGGAUGACGCCCGGCGCGGGAAGAGGAAUACCUUACCCCGGUAUGGUGCCUGUUUCCUCCACAUCAGGCCACAGCAUUACCUCCCCAGUUACCACAGCUUCUGUCCUCAGCCUGGCUCCUGGCCGAGAGUGGGAGAUUGAGAAAGACUUAGAGAGGGAGAGGGACCUCCAGAGAAUGCAGGAAAGAGAGAGGGAAAGAGAGAACAGUGUGAAGCAGCAACAGCACCAACAACAGCAGCAGCAACACCACCCAUACAUGCCACUCACCCCCGAAGAAGACAUGGAGGUAUCUCACUUUAACAUGCUUCCAAUAGGGGCGAUCAUACCGGGGGCCCAAACGAUGGCACUUCCCCUGCACCGCCACAUCAUCUCGAAGCCCCCGCCUGGCUACCUCAAUCCCCACCUUUCUGUGGUGCGAGGCGUCGAGGUCCCCUCUACCCACCUUGCCUUGAACCCUCACCCUCCUCCUUCACCUGUCCUACUAGGCCUUGACCCAGCAACUGCAACAGCUGCAGCUGUCAUUACCAUCCCUCAACUUCCCCCUCUCCCUCCCAUCUCCUCUUCCACCGCCUCCUCCUCUAGAGUCGAGAAGGCCCAAGGAGGAAGUUCUUCCAGUGGAGGAGCCGGUGGUGGCGGUGGAUCCGGAUCAGGUUCAACCUCCUCCUCACGUUCCCGCACCCCACUGACAGCUGCCCAGCAAAAGUACACGAAGGGAGAUGUGGUGUGCACGCCAACAGGCAUCCGCAAGAAGUUCAACGGGAAGCAAUGGAGGAGGUUGUGCUCCAGGGAAGGCUGCUCAAAAGAGUCCCAGCGCCGAGGAUACUGCUCCAGACACCUCUCGAUGAGGACCAAGGAAAUGGAAGCCAGCGGAGGUAGCCGGGAACGGGGCGGAGCCAGCAGCACAGGGACCCUGACGCCCUCUGACCUUCGAAUGAGCGGUGGAAGAGCCAGCUCGGAGUUUGACUGGGAUGAGACGUCGCGCGAAAGCAGCGAGGCCAGCAGCCGUGGAGGAGACUCCCGCCCCCGCCUGGUCCUUCCCUCUCUGCUCCCCCAGGACCUCUCUCGUUUUGACUUUGAUGAGUGUGAGGCCGCGACCAUGCUGGUCUCCCUAGGGGGCUCCCGCUCAGGCACGCCCUCAUACUCGCCUAUCUCUAACCAAUCGCCCUUCUCCCCUACCCCAUCGCCCUCGCCCUCUCCGCUCUUCGGCUUUCGUCCUGCCAAUUUCAGCCCCAUCACUGCUCCCGCCUCGCUUACUCCACGCCGGCAUCGCCAGCUUAGCGGCACUAAGAUCGGUACACUGGGUCUCGAUCGAGAGCGCAACCUGUCGGGCAUCGUGCCCACGUUUCAGACCAAUCUCACCUUCACGGUCCCCAUGAGCCCCAGCAAAAGGAAGCUCGACACCCAUCCGCCCCCUCCGCUGCCUGCAAUCCAGGACUACCAGAUCAAACCUGAGCAACAGCAGCUGGUGGGCAUGAUGGGAGACCCAACCCUGGGCCACAACCCUGCCGCCUUCAGAGUCCUCUCCCCCCAGAGUCAGCCCACCACCCCCUCCUCACUUUCCUUUCCCCGGCCUCGUAGCGCCUCCAGCAGGCCACCGUCCUCCGCUGCCUCCACGCCACCGCCCAUGCUGGUCUCUCCCACUCCCCCCUCCCCGCUGCCCCAGGAGCCCUCCCCACGCUGCAUCGUGCCGCUCCGCGAUUCCCCAGUUAUCGUCCGCAACCCAGAUGUCCCCCUGGCCAAGUUCUCUGAUGGCCCAUUGGGGAGGAGAGAGAGGAGCAGGUCUCGAGAGCACAGCCUGCCCCAGCACACAACUCUCUCAGGCCUCCAGGUCCCCGUUCCCAUCAACGGGGCAACCACCAACGGUGCAGUUCUCCUGCGCAACCCCACACCCACACUGGUCCUGGUCACUUCCAGCUCGUCACUGACUCCGGCCACGGGGGGCCACGCUGCCCUGUCCAGCCCCUCCGCGAUGCCCACUCCAUCGGCCUCCAUCCUGUGCUCCUCUGGCUCUGGGGGCCGGGAGAGGAAGCCCGAGGGGCACCAGGACGCCCCCGGCGGGGGGCUGCCGCAGCCGGUGGCCUGUCACCCCACGCCGACUGCUCUGCUGCCGCUCAUCCUGCCGGCCGAGUCGCCUCACCCUGCCCCGCGCAAGCAGAUCAUCAUGGGACGCCCGGGGACGGUUUGGACCAACGUGGAGCCUCGGUCCGUGCCAGUGUUCCCUUGGCAUUCGCUCGUCCCUUUCCUGGAGCCCAGCCAAUCAGGAGCGGCUCCCCAGCCUGCCGACGGCCAACAGCUUGUCAAUCAGAGCAAAGAGCCCCGUUGCAGCGCGGCCCUGGUGAGCGACGGACGGACCGCCCCCCCUGACCUGGAGCGGGGGUCGACGCCAUGCCCUACGUCAACCAAUGACAAUCCUCCUACAGACAGGGGCGGGGCUGACAGCGAGACGGAGAGCGAUACAGACGACCUGUUCUCGCCGGGCGUGGCCAACGACGCGGCGCCCUCCGCCGGCUCCUUGAAGAGACGCACGCAGUCCCUCAGCGCCUUGCCCAAGGACCGGGACAGGAAGAGGGAGAAGGACCACAUCCGGCGACCGAUGAACGCGUUCAUGAUCUUCAGCAAACGCCACCGGGCCCUGGUGCACCAGCGCCACCCCAACCAGGACAACCGCACAGUCAGCAAGAUCCUGGGGGAGUGGUGGUACGCGCUGGGGCCCAACGAGAAGCAGCAGUACCACGACCUGGCCUUCCAGGUGAAAGAGGCCCACUUCAAAGCCCACCCGGACUGGAAGUGGUGUAACAAGGACCGCAGGAAGUCGCUGUCGGAGGGCCGAGGGUUACCAACGAAGGAGUCACGGGAGAGGAGCAUGUCCGAGAGCGUCGAUCCCCAUCCGGAGUCUCAGGUGCCGGAGGGGGGGAAGGGGGGAGGCGGCUUGUGCUGGCCGGGGGGCCCGGAGCGCCGGGCGGGGGGGCUGUUUGCGGGGCAGCACACGCGCCCCCGGGCCUUUUCCCAGAGUGCCGUGCACACCCUGGAGCAGAGGGACCAGGAGAAGGAUGACGGGGUGGGCUUGUUCCGCCGUCAGGCUCCGCCUCCGGCCCUGUACCGGGGCAGGCUCAGCGAGGACGUGACCAGCGACGAGGAGCGCAUGGUCAUCUGCGAGGAAGAGGGGGACGACGACGUCAUGGAGGACUCCUGUCCCGAAGGCUCCAUUGACCUCAAGUGUAAAGAGAGAGUGACGGACAGCGACGAGGAUGAGCCGGACGGACAGCACGGCUUCCAGCCAGUGGCUCGCUCCUCUCUCCCUUCUUCCUCUCCCUCCACCCCUCACUCCGACUCCACCUCCGCUCAGGGGAACGGAGGAGGAGGAGGUGACGUGGGGUCCGAGAGGAGGAGAAAGAGAGACGUAGGAGAGGAGGGGAGCAAGGGAAGAUCCCAGAGACAAGAAGCAGAUGAUGGAGGAGGCGGUGGAGGUACCGCAGGCUCCACAUCCAGCGGCCCGGCUCCCCUCGCGUCGGCCCAGAAGGGUUUGACCCAGGUCCACACGGCCCCCACCAUGGGGACGCAUGUGGACCGACCCAGGGCCAGCACGCCGGUGGAAGGAGGCGUCGCCGGUGACGCCCAGCCUCAGGACCAGAACGCCGCUCUCCCGCGAGGAGGAGGUGGAGCUCAGCAUCUGCCAGUCUCCGCGGGGGGUGGGUACCUGUCCUCAUCCCCCUCCCCCGGUCCAGUCAGGGUAACUCCCGUGGAGGGCAGCGGCCUGGUCACUAGCCUAGUUCUGGGAGGGUCCUUUCCCACCGUGGAGCCGCACGCACCCCCACCCGUCCUCCAGCCCACUGGCUCCGCCUCCACCCUCACACCCCCCGCCGGCUCCAAGCCGCUGGCGCAGGUCCAGUACAUCCCGCCCACCGAGGGCCCCUCCUCCCCUCAACUCGCCGCCCUGGCCAAUGGCGUGCACUCGGCGGUCGGCGCCGGAACCAGAGUCCAAACCCAGCCGCCGGUUUUGCAGAGCAGGAUGUUGGUUCCCAUGGCAACAGUGAGAACAGGGUCCACUCCUCCUCAUCCCUCUAUUCCUCUAGUGGCUCCGCCUCUUCCGGUGCAGAACGGCUCGGCGACAGGAAGCAAGAUCAUCCAAAUCGCACCGAUGCCCGUGGUCCAGACCAACGUUCACCCUCGCGGCGCAGCAGAAGUGCAUCCUGGGAGUCCCUUUCCUGUUUCCAUGGCAACGGCGAUGGCUCCCGGCGCCGCGCCCCCGCAGGCCGUUCUUCUGACCUCUCCGCCCACCAGGAUCACGUACGUCCAGUCCGGCCCGCUAGUUACCGCUCCGAGUCCUGCGUACCUCCCGUCAUCACUGGCAACCCUGGGCUUCACCGCCAUCGCCCCGGCGGGGCAAACCCUGGUGCCGCCACUAUUGGCUCAAGCCCCGCCCCUCAGCUGUCAAUCACAGACCCCGACUGGCCAGGCCUCAGGGGACGCUGGUCGCCAGGUGCACACCGCCAUCGACUCUGCACCAAUCGUUACCGUGACAACGGUACCCCCCGCGGUGGCGAGCCCGGCCCAGGAUGAUAUUGGCCCUUCCUCUCCGACCCUCCGGCUUUACGUGGCGGAGGUGGUGCCGCUGAAGGUGGAGGUGAAGAAGGAGAACCUGGCAGACGGUGCGACGGAGGACGGCUGGUCGAGCUGCGCCGCCGGCUCCUCGUUUGACGUCACAGCCGUGAAAAAGGAGGAGGACAUCGGCUUUCACAUCAAAGAAGAAGAUCAAUGUGACGGGGACACGAAGCGAGAGAGAGGGGAAAGAAAAGGAGGACGGAGGACGGACAGAGACGACCACAGCAUGGACAACGGCAGCAGAGAGGCUGGACCUCGCACCCCUCCUUUGCCGCCCCCGGGUUUGGACCCCCCGCCCCCUCCCCCGUUGGAAAGGGAGCCCCCCUCUGCCUCCAAGAAGACCAAGUUCAGACCGCCGCCGCUCAAAAAGACGCCCGACUCUCUGGAGAAGGUCCUGUCGGAGUCGUACUUUGAGGAGCGCUUCGCGGAGCUGCCGGAGUUCAACCCGGAGGAGGUGCUGCCGUCGCCCACGCUGCAGAGCCUGGCCACGUCGCCCAGAGCCAUCCUGGGCAGCUACCGCCGGAAGAGACGCAACUCCACCGAGCUGGAGGCGACCGCCGAAGACCCCAGCUCCCCGAGGAGGAAGACCCGCCGCCUCUCCAGCUGCAGCUCGGAGCCCAACACCCCCAAGAGCGCCGCCAAGUGCGAGGGAGAGUUCUUCACCUUCGACAGAGCCGGUGCGGAGGGAGAGGAUCUCCUCGGGGACUUGGACCGGGUCCCCUACUCGUCUCUGCGCAGAACUCUGGAUCAGCGCCGGGCGCUGGUCAUGCAGCUGUUCCAGGAGCACGGCUUCUUCCCCUCAGCUCAGGCCACCGCCGCCUUCCAGGCGCGCUACUUGGACACCUUCCCCUCCAAGGUGUGUCUGCAGCUGAAGAUCCGCGAGGUCCGCCAGAAGAUCAUGCAGACGGCCGCGCCCGGGACCUUCGAGCCGGGCGUGUUGGCCGGGUUGGCCGAAGCCGGGCCCGCCCCGCCCCACGGCGCCUCCUCCUUCAUUCAGUCAGCCCGGGAGGACGCGGGGGCGGAGCCUCAAGGAGACAAAGUCCGGAGCCCCGAUGACACGAGAGGCGAGCGGUCCUAAAGCCGAGAGAAGAAUGUUCCACUGGCACUCGUCUCCACCAGACCGGGGCAACAAUGACCUCUGAAUACGGGGUGCGCUUGAUUCGUCCGAUCAGACUUUAAAGGGAGAGAAGUGAAAAGCCUCUAAAGUGGACGAAUCACACGCCCCAACGAGUCGAGCGCGUCUCAACAUUUUGUCUUUACCCCCCAAAAGUAUCCAGAAGAUGUUCAGUUCCCACUCGGCCCAGGUCUGCUCAGCACGUGUACACUAGUGUGUACACACACACUCUGUAGCGCACACUCUCCCAGCACACACACACACACACACACACCCUUACCAAAUCAGACUGUUACUCUUGGUUGGUGGUGCCACCAAGGAGCAUGACACACACAAAAGGCACUUUGUCACUUAUUGUGCAGAUGCAGUUUGCGGUUGCCAGCCAGCCCUCAGAUGCCAUUGACUCCUCCUCCUCCUCCUCCUCCUCCUCUUCGGCCCUUCCACUCCUCAGCACAGUGGUCGGAACGCAAAACACAACCCCAACGACCUCCACUGAUACACCACGGCCCCUCGAUGCUGCAAGACAGACAGCGCACGUACACACACACACACACACACCUGUUGCAGUGUGAGCACUCAUACACAAACAAAAGUCAAACGUGGUCUGAAGCCAUUGGCCUGCACAGUUUUUAGUGAUUGUAGUGAGAAGAGAAACUGAAAGCUUGAAAUCGAUUUGCUCCUGGAGAAGAACAAGAAGAAGAAGAAGAAGAUAACAAAAGAUUAAAAAGGAAGGCAGGAAUUUGGGGACGUCGUGUGUGACCAAUCUUUGCACCUUCAGUUUCUUACCAUAAUGAAAAACUCAAGUCCUCAUUGGCGGGAGCUGAUUCUAUAUGUCUGUCUGUCUGCCCCCCCCCCCCAAUAACCCCUGUUCAACAGGCCCUAUAAAGAGAUUAUGUAAAGAGACUAUUUUGGUUGCGAGGCUUCGAAGAAUCUAGUUUUAAGUUUGACACUGACUGACCGAGAAGAAGAAGAACGGCGGACGAUGCUCAUUGGAUGGAAGAUUCAUAUUCCACCUAUAGGAAGACAAGAUAAUAAUAAUAAUACUAGAGGAAUAAGGACGACGACACGAUGAAGCUCACCAACGGAGAGAGGAGGUCCUACGUGAACUCCUUUGACUCUCCCCGUGGAUAUAGUUGCUUUCUUCUCGUUAUCGUUGCCGUAGCAUUGCCACUUUCAUUUCACUGCACACCCUGUGUGUGUAUGUGACAAAUAAAACAUCUUGAUCUUGAUCUUGGAAAUAACCCGUUAUAUACCGUGGCCUGUUUUUUCUCUUGUGGCUCUAUUGUGUUUCUUCUCCAGCAUAAAAAUUUUUUUUUUUUAAAAUCAACAAAAAAAAGAAGUAAACUCUGGACAAAAAAGGAGACUUAAUCAGUCUGCGCCCCACACCCUACUUUUUAAUUGUACCUGGGGGCGGUUCUCACCCCCCCCCCCUUAACCCCAGCCCCUCCUCUUCAAUUUCUCACCAGACACAGAAGUGAGGGGAGGGGGGGGGGGGAGCAGGGGGCGUUUUGUCGUUUUGUAAAAACGUUGAAAUCAGGUGUUUGCACAAUUCGUGCGGCCCGUCUCGCCGCAAGUUAAAUCAGGAAAGUAUUGUUUUUAGAGAUUGUUUUAGUAGAAAAAAAAUAAUAAUAACUAACUUAUUCCUCUCCCUGCCCCCCCCCCUCCCCCCUUUUGAACUCUUUUCUCCUCAGUCCUCUUCUUUACCUCGACCCCUCAAGUGUUGUUAGAAAGUGCCCUGAAGCACUGGUCCCGGGUCAAGCGCUAUGUAGCUCAGGAUGGUUCUGGUUAGGGUUAGUUCAGGGAAAGCAGAUCCUAGACCAGCCCUGGAGGGCAGUCUCUGGAGCCCCUCCCCCGUUUCCCUCUCUUUUCGACACUUUAUCCGUUUCCCCUCAAAUGGUGCAAUAGGACUUUUUUGGGGGGGGGGGGCUCUGUGCCAUAGAUAUUAAAUCCAAUGCAGUCAGUGAGAGGAAUGUGCUGUUGUGAUACUGUCUUUAACUGGUAUGAAGCAAAAACAAAAAAAAGAAUCACACAAUUAUUGUAAUUGUUGAAGAGAUAGAGUAUAACUUACUAAAAGUCAAAGACAAUUUUUGAAUAGCACUUUUUAGCUCUUUGCUUCCUCGGCGAAGAGCGGGGGGGUAGUUAUUAUUAUGGGUAUCUCUUUUAUUUCUCUGUAUACAGUUGGAUGUGUGAAAAAAAAUAUAUACCGGUAUUUCCAUAUAUGUGCAUUUAGGUCUGUGCUCGGGUGUGUGUGUAUGUUUUGGCACAUGCAGGUGGCGUGUGAACACGACCAACCUCUCGCUCUUUCUCCACACAGCAACAUUAUCAAUAGUAUAUUUUUCAUUGUAUUCUACAUUCUAUAUUCUACUCUAGAGACAGUAUUUUUAUAGUCACCAUGACUAUUUUGUCCACCAUCUUGACUGUUAUCAAGCCCAGUUGAUUCAGGAUAUAUAUGACACAUAUAUAUUCAGGAUAUACUAUAUAUAGAUAUAUAUAUAUGGAUACACACAGGUAAUAGAGGACUAUCAAUUCACAUUUCUUUGGGGUUAGGGCUGUAAACGUGUCCGUCUGCAUGCAUGUGCAAUCACGUGCACGCGUGCACACACCCACACAGAAAUAUGUGCAUCCACACAUGUUUGUGUGUACACUGUAUGAUUGUGCUUAAAAAUAAACUGUCCUUUGGAGAAGGAAUUUUAGGAUGAGCGAGAUGAGUGUAAUCUCAUAACCAGGCAUGUUGACCAUGUGCAAUAUUUCUAAACGACAACAAAACUAAAUAUUGAAAAUAUUAAAGUUCUAACACAAUG